UUUAUUUCCAUUGUGAAUGCUUGCAAAGCUCCACACAGACAUCACAUCUCAUCACAUCUCACCUCCAGGCUGCUGAGCUCUGCUUGUUGUGGGUAAACUGCAGUGAUCCUUUAAAGCUGCGUCCACAGACCUCCACCUGCUGCAGGAGACGAGCGUCAAACUUUCUCCACAUGAUCCUCUCUGCGCACACCUGUCUGUGUUCUCUGCGUGACCAAAGUUGCGUUUGUGUGCGGGCCGUGAAAAGGAUGUGACUUUUUAAAUAUUUACCCACGAGGAGACGACGCUUAUCGUCAGGUUGCUAGACAACUUGCGAAGCCAGUCGAGCUGGUCUGUUUAAAUAGGCACUAUGCAAAUAUUUUACCUGUGAAUGAACACAUGAAUCAUACAGCAAAGGGAUAUUUGACAACGUUAGGGACCGGGCUGCUUGUCGGUAGCUGCUCAGUUUAUUUUGGCCUCAGGGGGAAGAAGGAGGAGAGCUGCGCGUCUGUGCGUAAAAGGCUCCGGAUAGGUGCGCGCUUCAUUUUUGGUCCACUCCACUCCAAGAAUCCGCCUCUUGACAGUCUGUGGGAUUGCCCUGUGUUUCUUUUCUGCAGAAUCUAAAUAUAAGUCGGUGACAAAUAGUCCAAAUACAGUAGCAACCCAACUGUGAUGUGGGGGUGGUGCUGAGAGAACAGCUCCGUCUUCAGAGUCCCCCCCCCAACCCCAUCCCUUCCGGAGUCCGUCAGGAGAAGGUCGCACCGAGUCUCAGCUCCCUCCUGCACCUGAACGAAUGUUUCCUCUUUUUGUGUUUUCAUUAUUACCAUGAAGAGACAAAACGCCCGGACUCUCGCCCUCAUCAUCAGCAUCCUCACCUACCUGGUAGUCGGAGCGGCCGUGUUCGAGACGCUGGAGUCGAAGCAGGAGAAAAGUCACAAGAGGAAGCUCGACGCCAGAAAGUACGAACUCAUGCGCAAAUACAACUUGACCAAAGAGAACUUCGAGGAGCUGGAGCACGUCGUGUUACAGCUCAAACCUCACAAAGCGGGAGUGCAGUGGAAGUUCGCUGGCUCGUUUUACUUCGCCAUCACUGUGAUAACGACAAUAGGGUACGGCCAUGCGGCGCCGAGCACCGACUCAGGGAAAGUGUUCUGCAUGUUCUACGCCCUCCUGGGGAUCCCGCUAACCCUGGUCAUGUUCCAGAGCCUGGGUGAGCGGAUCAACACGUUCGUCAGGUACCUGCUGCACCAAGCCAAAAAGUGCCUGGGAAUGCGUCAGACCGAGGUCUCCAUGGCGAACAUGGUGACCGUGGGCUUCUUCUCCUGCAUGAGCACCCUGUGCGUGGGGGCCGUGGCGUUCUCCCACUGCGAGGGAUGGAGCUUCCUGCACGCCUUUUACUACUGCUUCAUCACGCUCACCACCAUCGGGUUCGGGGACUAUGUGGCUCUGCAGAGGGACGACGCGCUGCAGAAUGACCCUCGGUAUGUGGCUUUCUGCUUCGUCUACAUCCUGAUGGGCCUGACGGUGAUCGGAGCGUUCCUGAACCUGGUGGUGCUUCGCUUCCUGACCAUGAACACCGAGGACGAGCGGAGGGACGCCAAGCAGAGGGCCCUGAUGUCCGUCAAUAAGUCCAGAGGGGAGGUGACUCGUCUAAUACCGGUGUCGGCCUCCACCUCUUCCACACCUGUAGCAGACAACACCACAAAGUCGAAAGAUCUCAAAGGUGUCUACACCGAGGUGCUGCACUUCCAGACUAUAUGCUCCUGCUUGUGGUACAGGAGCAAGGAGAAGCUGCAGGGCUCCAUUCCCACUAUGGUCCCUCAGGAGCUGACGUUCUCUGAUGCCUACUUGCAGCAGAACAGUAACUGCCCUCACUACAUGGAGCCUUUAUCAACAGGCUGCGUUUGCAGUCCACGUCAGUGCUCGAGCAUAAGCUCCAUAACAACGGGCCUACACAUUCUCUCUCCGUUCAGGGUGUUUAAGAGACGCAGCUCCGUCUAGCCUUUCAACACAGCAGAUUCCAGCACAGCACAAUGCGUCUAUAGACUGCCAAGCGGGCAACAACAGAUACUUGGCAGUCCUCACAGCAAAGACGUGACUGCGAGUUGAUGUUUGUGGUGCUAUAAUCCCAGUAAACCAACAG